CAUGACUGAGCUGAUCCAAAGGUGGGAAUUCGGAUUGACGGUCUUACCUCGUUGGGAUUGUGCGUGUCGAGUGAUUUUUAUCGAAAGGUUACGGUUAGACAUGAAGACUGAGUCAUGGGCUGACCUGCUGGGCUGCGCAAAGUCGCACCUCUUACCUCAGAACAUGAAGCUUUCUAUCGUCUUCAGCACGCUCGCAUUCGUGGUGGUUCUUGCCACAGCGUACCCCAUGCAAGGAGCCGUCGCGAAACGUUCCUAUGCAGAGAAGCGCGAGGAACUCAACGCUGAGGACUUUGACUACAGCAAUUACGAAACCAACGCUGACGACUUCAAUUAUGGCUCAUACCCGAACGGGGUUGAGAGGAAGCGCGGGGAGCUUGACGCCGAAGACUUCGACUACAGCAGUUACGAAACCAACGCUGAUGACUUCAAUUAUGGCUCGUACCCGAACGGGGUUGAGAAGAAGCGCGAGGAGCUUGACACCGUUGAUUUCGCCUACAUCAAUUACGAAACCAACGCUGAUGACUUCAAUUACGGCUCGUACCCAAAUGGUGCUGAGAGGAAGCGCGGGGAACUUGAUGCUGGUGCAUAAAAAUACCGCCAUUACCUGUGAACUUGACGACAGGUUCUAUGCAGGUCCAAUAUCGCUGCAGCCUCGCCUACAAGUCACUUCCCUGUACUACAUAUAGACUAUCUCGACUCCUUUAUCUGAUCGCUUGUUUUUUGACAUGUUGGAUGCCUGUAUAAUACAAUCGUAGUUGGCUCGUGCUCUGUUUAAAUUUUGACUUGACUACAUUUUUCGCUUGGGCAAUACCUAGAUAAUGGAAGUUCAGCAGGAUUUGAAUGUAGCCAGUGAACGAUUGCUGUGGGGAUUACCAAAAUAUUAUUAUCGUUCGCGAACUUCUAACUAUACAGCGCAUAUUUAUCCUACAAGCAGUCUACACACUUACCGUCUUUCGCAGGUUCUUACAUUACGGAGGUGGAAAUGAAGUGCUUG